AUGACCUGGGUGAAGAUUGGUUGUGAAAUGGAGCAGUAUGAGGUUUUGGAGCAGAUAGGGAAAGGUGUAUUUGGGUCAGCUCUACUGGUGAAGCAUAAGCUAAGGGAGCUUGCCUCCGUCGGAGCGAGACCUUCUCGCUCUGCCAAUUCCAGCGCCGAGCACGAGGAGCUUCUCGAAAUCUCCAGGGGCUUCUCUGACUGCUCCAGCUUUGGCUCCGACAUCUCCGGUGAGCUCCAGAGGCUGGCUUACUUUUCCAUAUCUGAGGUGCCGCAGAGCGUUGUGGCAUCCAACGUUGAAGGUUUCGAGGAAUCCGGGCUCAGCACGUCGUCGGAGAGCCUAGAGUACGCGUCGGUGAGGAUCCGGCUCCUAGCGAAGCACCGGUCAGAUUUUUGGUCGUUGAUCGGGGCAUCGGGGGUGAUCUCGGCCCUAGUCCCACUGCUGCACAGCAUGGAUCCGGCUGCGCAAGAGAAUGCGGUGACGGCGCUGCUUAACCUUUCGCUGGAGGAGGCCAACAAGAGGCGUAUAGCGGCGGCGGGCGCAAUCAAGCCGCUGGUGUAUGCCCUGCAGACAGGGACAACCUCUGCGAAGCAGAACGCUGCGUGCGCGUUGCUGAAUAUUUCGAUGAUCGAGGAGAACCGGGCAACGAUAGGAGCAUGUGGAGAGAUCCCACCGUUUGCUUGCUACCUCAUCAAUAUAGAAAAAAAGUCAAUAGCCAUCUUGUUCAUAUGCUCAUAA